AAAAAAACAAAUACCACAGGAACCACAUAUUUUUACUAUCAUUAUGUCAAUAUAUACUACGUGCAUAGUUAACUAUUAUUAAUUUAAUUAAUAAAAUAACGUAUGGUCAGCAGCACGAUAGUUAUAUACCUGAUUAGUCACGUGGAUCGUGUCGAUGUGUCAUAUGAUAAAAGUAAUUGCCAAGUCGUUAAAAAAAUGUCAAACUUCUCCACGUCGUCUGUGAUAACACUGAUAAACUACAAUCUAUUUGAUAAAUUUUGUAUAUUGUAAUUUAGUUCUAUUGUGAAGAAUAUAACUUUCGACUUUUAAGUAAGAAUAUUUAAUAAUAAUAGUAAUAGUAAAUAAUGGAAAAUAAAUGGAACGUGUUGGUGACUGGGGGUGCUGGUUAUAUUGGUUCUCACACGGUAUUAGAACUAAUUAAACAAGAUUUUCCGGUGGUGGUCAUUGACAAUCUUGGCAAUGCCCAUAAAGAUCCGAAUGCCAGUAAACCAGAAUGUCUUUUACGUGUAGAAAAACUCGCCAGUAAAUCAGUAAUAUUUGAGAAAUGUGAUAUUACAGAUAUAAACAGUAUAGAAAAAUUAUUUAAAAAGUAUAAAUUUCAAUGUGUUAUUCAUUUUGCUGCUUUAAAAGCAGUAGGUGAAUCGUGCCAAAAACCUUUGGAAUAUUACAAAACAAAUGUUGGAGGUACAUUAAAUUUGUUGCAAGUAAUGAAAGAUAAUAAUGUCAAAAACUUGAUAUAUUCAAGUAGUGCAACUGUUUAUGGGAUACCAGAAAAGUUACCUCUUACUGAAGAAAUGAAAACUGGUAACUGUACUAAUCCCUAUGGGAAUACAAAGUUUAUCGUUGAAGAAAUUUUAAAGGAUUUGUGUGCAAGUGACAAAUCCUGGUCAGUUAUAUCGUUAAGGUAUUUUAAUCCUGUUGGCGCACAUCCGUCUGGUGAAAUAGGAGAAGAUCCAAAUGGUAUUCCAAACAAUUUAAUGCCAUUCAUAGCUCAAGUGGCUGUUGGUAAAAGAGAUAUAUUGUAUGUUUACGGUGAUGAUUAUGACACACCCGAUGGUACAGGUGUUAGAGAUUAUAUACACAUAAUGGACUUGGCUGUUGGCCAUGUAAAAGCUAUUAUUUAUCAAAGCUCACGAGAUGUUAAGGGUUUCAAGCCAAUUAAUUUAGGCACUGGGAGAGGUUUUUCUGUAUUAGAAAUGAUAAAGGCAUUUGAAAAAGCUUCUGAUAAAAAACUUAAUUAUAAAAUUGUUGAAAGACGACCCGGAGAUGUAUCAUCAAGUUAUGCAGAUGCUUCAUUGGCAAAAAAAGAAUUUGACUGGAUUGCUACAAAGAAUAUUGAUGACAUGUGCGCUGACACGUGGAACUGGCAAAAAAAAAAUCCUAAUGGAUUUAAAUCACUCUGAUUAUUAAUUUAAUUAUCAACAUAAUGUAAGUAGCCAAAUGAGGGAUAAAUAUUAUUAAUAAAAAUCAUUACCAA